AUGGCCGCAUUGGCCGCGAUCCUUAAGCGUCAACAGUUCGAAAACUGCAGCCGCACUCCAGAUGGCUUCCUCGAUGAAAGCACCUGCUAUGUGCCAUUCUGGGCCACAAGAACUGGUACUAUUAUCAAGUGGUCGCUCUUCUUCGGCCUGAUCCUCCUCUGUGUCCUCUACCUCCUGGUAGGCUAUGUGCAUGCGCAGAGACGGUUGAAUAAGGGGCUCGCUCCCCUGGGCUAUCACCGAUUCCUUGUUUCUCGCGCAUCCCUCGCCCGGGUCGAUCCUCACUAUCAGUACUCGCAGCCGGAGAACACAGCCAUCUACCCGUACGCCCCGGGUAACAACUAUUAUGACAUGCACGCGAUGCCCCCGCCGGUUUACGACCCCAACGCGCCGCGGCCACCGAAGUACGAGCCUCCAGCGGGAGCCACUAAGGUUGACUUCAGCCUGCAGCACGAACAGGGUCAGCAACCGGCUGGUGAGGGAGCUAACUAUGUACCGCCACCCGGACCACCGCCAAGCUCGGUCCAGCCACCAGAGACAUACGCACAGCCUCCAGGGCCGCCACCCAGCUCCGUGCAGCCUCAGAGUACGGGUAGUAACAAUCCGUUCCGGGGUUAA